UCAGCCAGCAGUGGAUGUGAGGUUGUGUUAUUAGUCAUACACUGUUAGAUCAUACACCACUGAGCGCUGGCCGUACUCGUCGAAUCAAAAGAAAGAAAGUAUUAUUUACAUCGCUAUUUUUUUCCUGUCUGUUCCACUAGAACUACUCCAUAUCGCCAUUGCCCGACGGUCCGUGGAGUCGUUUGAGAUGUGAUUUCUCUAUCACUACACAUCCUACUAUUCAGUGUCGUGCCGUGUUUAUAAGGUGGCUUCAGUGGUCAGAUCCGGUUCCUGCAGUAGGCGAUCCAGUGUACUGGAGAUGAGUAGCUUCUCAUCAGAGUCAUCGUCGUCGGAUUUGCAGGCCAAAUCGGGAACGGUACCUAGUGUAGGAACGAACAAUGGAAAUCUGGUGGUGAAGCAAAAAAUCAAUACCAGGACAAAGCAUCAGCAGCAUUCUACUGAACCACGGCAGGAAAACGAAACUAACAUUGGUGAGAGUGAGGAAAACCACACAAUGAAUAUCAACGCGUCAGAGGAUGGAUUCGUCGAGUCGCCUGUGCUAGCAGAUUCACAGGCAUCGUUAUGCGAGGAACGAUUGCGUCGAAAAUUGCAGUUCUUUUUUAUGAACCCGAUUGAAAAAUGGCAGGCCAAACGUCGGUUCCCGUACAAGUUUGUCGUGCAAGUGAUAAAGAUUAUACUGGUUACGUUACAGCUGUGCCUGUUCGCACAUUCCAGAUAUAUGCAUGUGAAUUACACUUGGGACAAUACAAUUACGUUUUCCCAUCUGUUCUUGCGGGGGUGGGACAUCACCAUGGAGGUUAGUACCUAUCCGCCGGAAACGGGUCCUCUAUCAGUGUACAAGGUUGACGAUUUCUUCGACACCAUCGACUAUGCCAUCGAUGGAUACGCCAAUCUUUCGGAAGCGAUUGGACCCUAUUCCUACCCGAAUGAGGAUAAUACGAUGCCACCGAUACAGCUUUGUUUGUAUCGCUAUAAGGACGGUACGAUAUUUGGAUUCAACGAAAGUUACGUUUUUAACCCGGAAAUAGACACGCUCUGUUUGGAUCUAGAUGGAAAUGUUACCACCAUUGGUAGUCGACAGUUUAUUCUACAGAAGGACAUACAAAUACACUUUUCUGCUUUGGUCAAGGCCGAACUAAAGUUUGCGAUUAAAACGGUGAACUUCAAGGCAGCUGGUCCGAUUACGGCUCCGGACUGCUACCAGUUCGAUAUUAAGAUUCUGUUCAAUAACCAAGAUCAUGAUGGCCAAAUGAUACUGCGACUGGAAGCGGAACCAACACGUCUUGUUUGCCAUGGUGACGUAGAGUUCAUCAAAACUUCCGAAAUCGAAGCAGCUCUCCGUAGCACUUUAAACAUAUUAGUCAUCGCCAUCUGUAUCGUUUCGUUCGUUCUGUGCGCCCGUGCCAUCCUUAGAGCCCAGCUGCUACGAUCCGUUACCUGCGAUUUCUUCAAGCAAACCUACGGUCGUGAUCUAACCCCCGAGGGAAAGUGGGAGUUCAUCAACAUGUGGUACAUCAUGAUAGUCUUCAAUGAUCUCUUGCUCGUGAUUGGUUCCGCUUUGAAGGAGGAAAUCGAACGAAAACACUUCAUCGGUGAUGAUUGGAAUGUGUGCUCCCUGCUACUAGGAAUUGGUAACCUCCUCGUCUGGUUCGGAGUGCUUCGCUACUUGGGAUUCUUCAAAACGUACAACGUCGUCAUCCUAACGUUGCAAAGAGCUGCACCGAAAAUCCUACGAUUCCUACUGUGUGCCCUACUCAUCUAUGCUGGAUUCAUCUUUUGCGGUUGGCUCGUCCUUGGACCGUAUCACAUCAAAUUCCGAUCCUUGUCGACCACAUCGGAGUGUCUUUUCGCGCUGAUCAAUGGUGACGAUAUGUUUGCUACCUUCACCAUCAUGUCGGAGAAAUCUCUGAUGCUGUGGUGGUUUUGUCGGAUUUAUCUGUACUCUUUCACCAGCCUGUAUAUCUACGUGGUCCUGUCGCUGUUUAUUUCGGUCAUCAUGGAUGCUUACGAUACAAUUAAGAAAUACUACAAGGACGGAUUUCCCCUGUCUGAUCUACGCCAGUUUGUGGGCCCGUACGAUCCGAAUGAUUUUUCCGCCGGAGUGUUCCGCGAUGACGAUUUCGACUACAACCGGUUCAGCAUCCUCGGUACAAUAAAGCGAAUAGUUUGUUUCUGGAAACCGGACCCGCUGCCACGAGGGCCAACCGGAUACACCUCGCUGAGUCCCAAAGCUUCGUAGGUUUAUUUCGUGAUAAAUGGUUUGAACAGGAAUUGUUAAACUGAUGAUAUUUGCCACUAUUUUACUGGUUUUUUGUUGUUGUAAAGUUGAAAACAGGAAAAGUUACGAGGUAGGAAGGAGGAUGCUAAUAGAAGAAAAAAGUAUGACCAAAAAUUUUGUCAACUGCAACCAAAUUCUCGCUAUUGGUACAAUACUGCUCAAAUGCAUCACUGUUAGUCGGUAGUGAACAUCUGAAAAUCAUAGCAAAUAAUGUUUUAGAAAAUGAAAUAUAUUAGUCGAAUGGA